AUGGGUUUGAGAAGAACAUUGUUGGUUUUAUAUAUUCUCUUGAUCUUUCAUAUUCGACAUUUUCCUACUGUCAGCUCACGACCUUCCUCAGUCGAUACCAACCACGAGACUCUUCCUUUCAAUGACUCGAAGCCAGACGUUGUUGGAUUUGAAGGAAAGACUCCGGAAUUAGCUUUCGUUAUUAAAAAAGGAGCCCGUGGUGGUCGCAGCAAGGGAGGAGCGAAAAGAGGCGGUCGAAGACGGUGGGGAGAUUUGAUUCCGCGUCAUGGUGGUGGUGCUCGUGGAAGAUCGCAUCGUUCAAGCGCCAGUCGGAAUCUUCAAGGGGAAAUGAGUGUGGUCGGUUGGUUAGGUUUUUCGGUUUUAGCCGGUUUAUUCUUGGCUUAG